CCUCCUACUGAACCACCACGUUGGUCCGUGCCUCCCUCUGCAAUUACCUCUUCUCCUGGGCAGCAGUCCUUCGAUGCUCACCUGCCCAUAACAACUACCAGUGCCACCUCGACCUCUGUUACCCCAAACGUCGGCUCUAGUACAAAUGAAGCCGAAAGUAAGACCGAUUCAACCGGUGAACCAGUCUGUUCGAAAGCACCCACUGAUCUUGGCACUCUAUUUGAAGACGGCGAGAUCAGGGACUUUGAGUACGAGUCUAUCUCUUCUAACGAAGAUCCAUUCUCGGAGUCAGAGGAGCAUGAAGCCACAAGCAUAUCUGCGAAGAACUUCGCAUUGGUAGAACAAUCUGACCCACUCUUGGGAAAGUGGAAGUUCGACCCGUAUUCUUUCGUCGACGCUGCUCCUGAAACGUUGCCUGCCACCGCCCGCUUGCGUCUACCUGACCCAUCGUUAACCCUCUUCGAGACCUAUUGUUGGCUUCUUUUGAAACCGACUCCUACCGCUUCUGAGGAGGUUGAGGCAGAGACCACGGUGACGACUGCGGGGGGAGAUAAUGUUCCUGAUGACCUGGCUCCACCCUUCACGGACGCACUCCAGGCCAAACUAGACGCCGACUUUCUUCUGAACAGUCUUCUGGCAGGAUCAAAUUUCCAAUCUCUAGCUACAUCGCAGAUCUUUCAAACUACCAAGCCUGGCCUCUUACAUCCAGUAUCGCCGAUUGCAAUGGUUUGGCCAUGUCUUGCGCAAGCCAUCGACGGACCUCUGCAGAUUGGUUGUGAACCCCUCCCGAAGUGCAACCUAGAGAUACCAACAUGGCGGUCAACUGAAGAAAUGACUCAGCACUGUCAAGUCGGAAGUCGAACGGAUGGGCCUCGUAACCGUUUACGGCUUGCGACACUGGAACAAACACGUUCCAUAAUCCUUCUUGUUUUGCAACUUGCUUUGUCUAACGCGCAUGUUUUGCUUUUAACACCGUCAAUUCUUUCGUCUAGUUGGGUUCUAACCAUGGAGAAGUUAGUGGACAUUCUCCCCUCCGGUUUGGCCUACCUGUCUCUCAACGAAGCGGACGCCUACGAAUUUGUGAUAACCUGCUUGGUUGUUUGGACCUAUGCUGGCCUCGACUUGGACUCGGCACUUACCCAGUCAGAUUCAACCUUCAUUCUUCGACAUCUUCGUGCGGGUAUAGAGCUCGCUGGUGUCAUCCUAUCGACGACUUCCGAGGAUGCCCUCCAUGCUCUUCUGGACUUACUCGAGUCACCCCUAAUGUCCGGACCAUUGCGGGUUGCCGUUGUCGAGGCUCUGGAUCGAAGCACCCGACUUCCUAUUGGUUUGGACGCGUUCUUUGGUCGCAAAACCUCGCCCGAAGAAGCCGACCGUAAAAUCAAGAUGGAGGUAGAGAUGAAGGAAGCAGGAGCCACCAAGAUGGAAUGCUCUGAUGAUGCCGACCAUGAUGGUGGUGGUGAUGAUGCUAAAGCGCUGUUCGAACAGCCGCAUAAUCUCACGCCCUAUCAGCGCCUUGUCCUCUUUAUGUCCACUAACAAGGCAAGUGGCAUGGAAUUUAUACUGAGCGCAUCUACUCAUGCCGCCGUCGCCUCUCAGCGUCUACUCACCAAACUCCACGUGUACGAACUUUUGCUGGAAUUCGACGAAUUCUGUGUGGAGCUCCACACCCUCCCCAACAACAUUUCAACCGCCGACGCACUGACACUUGAAAGUUCCCUGCAAAGCUUCCUCAACGAGUUAACGAAUAUCCUACAAACCGCCAAUACAGGCCUAGCAAACCCCGGCAAAAAAUUGAAGAAUGUUUUGGUUAGGGUGGACAAUUCUAGGUCCGGCAAUGACGCCUACGCAGCGCUCUGUCGUCUUUUGUUAUCUUCGCAUUUUUUCAAUCAUCUGGUCUGGCUCCUGGAGGCUGGCUUUGCAGUCGUCUCUAAACCAAAACCAGAGUCGGAAUCCGAAGUUCCCAUGCAUUUCAUCCUCGCGGCCUGUCUGCCCGCCGCAUUGCGUUGCUUGCAGACAUUAAUCAAUACUCCCUCUACUCUCCUCUUAAUCGCCUCCAAUACCGAUCUCACAAGCAACUUGCUUAAACUCCUGUUGGGAACCGACUCUUCAGGCCUACUUGAGCCCGCCUUGCUGGCAAAAAGAGAACUAAUAGGUCUGGAAUUGGCAACUAAACUGGAAGCCCUCCAUUGGGUCGACCAUUUGAUAGACAUAACUCGUCAAAAAGGUGUCGCAGGUCUCCAAGCGUACAUCCACGACCGCUUAACCGAAGAAACCUCCCAGACGGAGGACACACAACGGGACGGCCUAUAUGAUGCUCUUUUCGGUCUCGCACGACUCUUCGUCUCCACUUGCAGUACUCGUUGUCAGAAAGAUAAGAUCUCCCCUCCAAUAUCGCUUGCCCCCUGGGCUGCUCAAGUUGUUUCUGGCGAGGAGUACUUUCUUCCCUGCCUGAUACUUCUGGAGGCAUUUCAUAGUUACCACGCCUCACCUUCAACAGACAAUGCCAACACCGUGAACGAAUCGGACGCACGUGAUGGUGAUCAAGGCAAGGCCGCUGGUGGCUCGUUACUUGAUACCCCCGGAAAGUCGGCAGAGGCGGCGCCCCCGACUACUGGCCGGCGCGGUGGUCAACGUCGCACUUUCCUAUCUCGUCUCGGCCUCUCUGCUGAACUUGAUUUGCCAACAUUGCUCACCACGGUCUGCAUGGGUGUGGUGCGCUACGCGGAAGAUGUUAACUACCUGGAGCACUUCGGUCCGCGCCUGCUGCAGUUCCUCCCGCCCACCUCGUGGGAGGAUUCGCUCACUAGCCUAACGCCUGCAGCUGUUUUCUCCCACUUGCGACGCUUCUCUGAUGCAGCAGCCUGCUGGUUCUACUGGUUGCGCGAAGCUCCCUCUGCCGUCUUCUACACCGACAUUUCCUCCAGCUCUGAGGAGGCCUUUGGUUGGCUGGCUGACCAAUUGCAGUCCCUGUGCGAGGACCUUGAUAAAUCACUCGACUCUGCUGUUUCACAGAACCUAACUGAGGACCUUCUUGGCACUGCAGAAAGCACUGCUGCCGUGCCUGUUGCUCUUCAUUCGCUUCCACCUGCUGUGCUCCUCCUAUUACGCUUCUUAAAAGGCCACAUGCGUCUACCUUCAAGCUCUGCGGACCCACAGCCUCCCCCUCAACCUGUCCCGGAGGUUAUACCAAAAUCUCUUCCAGCUCUGACUACCCAGUUACUUGUCAUUGAACUGUACAGUCGAAACGGACUGAGUUUACUGUCAAGUCUGGUUGAACGCAUCUCUGACUACCUUGUAGUCGUGAGUGACGCGUUCUGUGAGGCUACAAAUCCUCCCUCAGACAUUGACCUCUUGGUGGAGAUCCUCGUUUUGGCUGUGGAGGUUUUGGGAGCUCUUCUGGCGACGCUGAAAAAAGUUGUUGGUGGAGAAUUCCAUGAUACAACACUGGUCGCUGGCCUCUGCAAGGCAUUUGCUGCAGUUGUCUACCUUGACCAGUCCCUGCGUUCGCCGUUCCUGAUUUCUCGAUUGCGAAGUGGCGUUUUGAGCGCUCUAUCGGCCUACGCAAUUCUGGGUCAAGACGAAGUGAGCCUUGAGGGUUCUUCGAAGACCCUCUGGUGCAAAGUUUGCAGGGAAAUAUUCUCCUUUACUGUCUCCUCUCCUGAAUUCUUCCUUCCCGGUCUCAAAUUGCUGAUAGAUCUGCUGCCUCUGCCCUUACCCUUCGAGACCCUUUUCGAACCGUCGCCGUCGGAUCUAAAGAAUCUUCAAGCCUCCCGCAUUUGGUGGUGCCGUCUUCUCCUUCGCCUGCCCGUUGAAUUAUGCGGACUGCUUGAACUGCUCAGCCCGAGUCCGCGCAGUGGCCCCGUCUUCCUGACCUUGCGUUCUCUGGUAGAUCGCGUGGCGAAUUUGGGUCCUCCUAUUGCGUCCAUGUUGGCUUCAAGCACGGUGGAUAUCCUUUUAGAUCUCUUCUCAUCGGCUCAACUUGCGGACAAGACUAAGGAGCAGACGGCUGCUCCCAGAGAAGAUUCUUCGGGCGAUACAAUCAACGAUUCAGCACAAGCCGCCUCUGGGGCGGGUUCUGUAGUGAAUGAACUCUUCACACCCGGAUGUCUGCUAACUGCUGGAGCGAAAUUGGUCCUUGGGACUCCCUCCACCCCACCGACGCAUGAGUCGGGGCAUGCGUCUCCGUCACCAGCAGCAGCAGUAGACUGCAUUGACGCUCUGCUUGAUCAUAAACUGGGUGUACCGCCUGUUCUUCCGUCUUCUGCAAGUGCGGAGGAGAUUCAGAAUUGGGAGUGCGCCAAUCAUUUACCGAAUACGCAAUUUCUGGAUAGUCUGACUGGUCUCCUGCUAGUCUAUUUGGACCAUCCCGAUCGAGAUUUGAGCUCGCUUCUCAAUGUUCUCCAGAUUCUCCAGCGUCUCUGUUCUCACGACCAUGGUUUUACCCUGCUUCAAAAAGACCAUAUCUCGGUGGGUUCAGCGGACGACGUUGCCCUCUCACCAACAGGGUCAUCGUCCUGUAAGCUCCUCCGGCGUUGUCACCUCUGUGGAGCUCAGCUUCGUCAAUUGCUGCAUCGCACCGGCCAGGAGCCCAACCCCGUCCGCGACCUCUCCUCUCUUCUCGAGGUUAGUUGUCUGCCUGCUAUUUCAGUUCUUUGA